UGGGUGUGUUGGCAUUCCUCUUACUCCUUUACCUCUGCAGACUGCCACAGUGUGCAGCUUUUCUGCUCUGGAUCCCCAGCAGCAAGUUUAACCUAAAUGUCCUUCCUGCCUGACUUGGGAAUCUUCACGAUGGGCAUGUGGUCUAUUGGUCUUGGAGCUCUUGGUGCAGCUGUGACAGGGAUUGUCCUUGCUAACACUGAUUUAUUUUUGUCCAAGCCAGAAAAAGCUACGUUGGAGUUUUUAGAGGAGAUAGAGCUAAAAACUUUGGGAUCAGAACAAAGGACAUUCAAAGCAGGUGAACUAUGGAAGAAAAAUGGUGCAGUGAUCAUGGCUGUGCGAAGACCUGGAUGUUUUUUGUGCAGAGAGGAGGCUUCUGAGCUCUCCUCUCUGAAACCCCAGCUGUCGAAACUGGGUGUCCCUCUCUAUGCUGUUGUGAAAGAGAAGAUAGGGACUGAAGUGGAGGAUUUUCAACCUUAUUUCAAAGGAGAAAUCUUUCUGGAUGGAAAGAAAGGCUUCUAUGGACCACGCAGACGAAAAAUGAUGCUAUCGGGCUUCUUCCGCUAUGGAGUCUGGCAAAAUUUCUUUCGUGCUUGGAAAAGUGGAUAUAGUGGUAACCUGGAAGGAGAAGGAUUCACCCUGGGAGGAGUAUAUGUGAUUGGGGCAGGAAGACAGGGUGUUUUACUGGAGCAUCGUGAGAAAGAAUUUGGAGACAAAGUCAACCUUCCAUCUGUCCUUGAAGCUGCUGAGAAGAUAAAACCCCAGCCUUCAUAAGUGGGAAAAAUAGUUGCACAUUUUCUGACCACAGCUCGAAAUGUAGAAUGCAUCUAUUUCUUGAACAUUACAGUUAAUUGCUUUUUAACUAUUCAGUGAUCAACGCAGAGGAAAGAUUCUGUAUUCAAACAUAGAAAAUCAUGAAAAUCCUCCUGGAUCUUCUUUUGUUGCUUUGCAGCCUUUCAAGUGGUCAGGAUUUCAACUGCUUUUUUGUGCCUGACUGUAUUAACGAAAGGCUGGUUCUAAAAUCUGUCCUAGUAUAGGUGUUUCCAGUCAGUCAGUUGAAAACCUGCCUACCUAAGGGAGCAGAUCUUUGCUAAGGCUGAAGUAAUGGAGUACCAGCUGAGGUUGAAGGAUAAUAAAACUUUAUAUAAAU